AUAUAAAAAGUAAGGAUGGCGCGCGCGCCUCAAACAGUCAACACACACCGCAACAUGUACGCGUAUCUCGCGCUCCUUGUUGCGCUUUCCGCUCAGAGCAUCGCUACGCCUGCGCCGCCGCGAGACCGACUCGGAUACGAGAGAGAAAUAGACUCAUCCAGUUAUAAACAAACAGCGAAACUACGCGACUACAUACUCAAUGAGGACUAUAUUAAUAAUCAUAAAAGCAAAUCGAAACUUAUAACCAAAUAUAGACCGGACGAAGCAGUUGCUGCCGACAACGUUAUCUUGGAAUCGAAUGUGGUCAAGAUUGUCAGGCCUAGAAAAUUGGAGGCUGGUGAGUUGGUGAGGCAGCGGCGUGGAUACAAUUUGGAAAAUGUUAAUGUUCCUGCAAGAUAUCCGUACCUCCCAGUACCGCGGUAUAAUAGAUUUCGCCGUUGGGGCUAGUGGCAUGGCAAAUUUCAAGGCUGCGAUGAAGCUAAGUCAAAACAAAACCUCUUAUGACGCGGUAAGGUUUCUUGUGCAGUUCUACCGAUGAGACUUCGUGAGUGUGUGAGUAGUGUAAGUGUGGCUGUGAUUGAACACUGCAGAUGUCCGUACAAAUAUUCCUUUGUCAAAGUUUUGACAAUGCGAUUGCAUGAGGUAGCAUUAUUUGUAAUUUAAAUUUAUUUGGAAAUUAUAUAGUAUUUAGAA